AUGGCAGGGCAGCAAGACGAAUAUGGUGGUGCCGGAUUCCGGAAAGCUGCAUUUGCCGAAGUCAAAGAUUUCUUUGAUAAUCCAAAUGCGUCUCGCGCAAAUGCCACGAACCCGUAUCUGGUAAUGCAAGCAAACCUUUACGUGACUCAGCAACUCGUCCGAUACGUUAUCGAGCAGUACCGUGACGAACUUGUUACUUCUAUGCGCCAAAACCCAACGGACAAUUUCGAUGCUGAUUUGCUGAGGAAUUCAGAGGACAGAGAGCAAAUCGCUAUUGAUCUUCUGAAUGUUCUUCAUAGUAUACCAAUUCAGUCAAUCGCAACGAACGGACCAUCACUGGUCCACAAAGUUAGAUUCGUCGCAUCCACACUCUUGGAUGCAGUUCGUAAAGCAGAAACGGCUCCCGCAUCCGCCGCAAGGGCACACGCAUAUCUGUGGGACUUCUUGUCGAUACUGUCGGAAAUUGAGAGAAACUACCUGCUCGACGAUGAUCAAGAUGGGGGACUUGGUGAUCAUGCAAGUGCCAUCAACGUUUAA